CCUCCGAAAACAACGAUCUGAUUACCACACAAGCUACCUCACCCACUUCCAUUCACCAGCCGACCCAACCUUCGAAACUCGAAACCCAAACGCGAUCACCCACCACCACACCGCCUCCCUUCCGAACCGCAGCCAUUCCAUUUCCUCGACGAGAUCAAGGCAGUAGCCCUUUCCUCUUCAACUUCCCACAACCAGAGAUGUCUUCCGACGACGAACGCCAGAAGGCUCUCGACUCGUACCGGGCCAAGCUGCUCGAAUCCCGGGAGUGGGAAGCUAAGCUCAAGUCCCUGCGGCUCGAGAUCAAGGAUUUGCAGCGGGAGUUUGACAGAACUGAAGACAACAUUAAGGCGUUGCAGAGUGUCGGUCAGAUUAUCGGCGAGGUCCUUAAGCAGCUCGAUGACGAAAGAUUCAUCGUAAAGGCUUCCUCCGGUCCCAGAUAUGUCGUCGGAUGCAGAUCAAAGGUCGACAAGGUCAAGCUCAAGCAAGGCACGCGCGUGGCGCUCGAUAUGACGACACUCACGAUCAUGCGUAUGCUUCCCCGGGAAGUCGACCCCCUCGUCUACAACAUGUCACUGGAAGACCCCGGUCAAGUCAGCUUCGCCGGUAUCGGUGGAUUGAACGACCAGAUUCGUGAGCUCCGUGAGGUCAUUGAGCUGCCGCUCAAGAACCCCGAGCUCUUCCUUCGGGUGGGCAUCAAGCCGCCCAAGGGCGUUUUGCUUUACGGACCUCCUGGUACGGGAAAGACGUUGCUUGCACGUGCCGUGGCAAGCAGUCUCGAGACCAACUUCCUCAAGGUCGUUUCUUCAGCAAUCGUCGACAAGUACAUCGGAGAGUCUGCCCGCCUGAUUCGCGAGAUGUUCGGCUACGCCAAGGAGCACGAGCCCUGCAUCAUCUUCAUGGACGAGAUCGACGCUAUUGGUGGACGCAGAUUCUCUGAGGGAACCAGUGCGGAUCGUGAGAUCCAGAGAACGUUGAUGGAGUUGCUCAACCAGCUGGACGGUUUCGACUACCUCGGAAAGACCAAGAUCAUCAUGGCCACGAACAGACCUGAUACCCUCGAUCCCGCGCUACUUCGUGCCGGACGUCUCGACCGUAAGAUCGAGAUUGCCCUGCCGAACGAGGUCGGCCGUUUGGAGAUUCUCAAAAUUCAUGCCCAGGGUGUGGUGACGGAGGGUGAGAUUGAUUUCGAGAGCGUGGUGAAGAUGAGCGAUGGUCUCAACGGUGCGGAUUUGAGAAAUGUCGUGACAGAAGCUGGUCUGUUUGCCAUCAAGGAUUACCGCGACGCAAUCAACCAGGACGACUUCAACAAAGCAGUACGCAAGGUCGCCGAGUCGAAGAAGCUGGAGGGCAAGCUCGAGUACCAGAAGUUGUAAGGUCAGGGAUAAGGCGACAUGAUGAUUCACGGGAUGGGGCGCGGAGGAGCAAAGGAAAGACAUCAAAAGGGGCGGCUGGAACGAGGAUCAUCGGUUCUCAGCCGUUUAGAGGGUCUUUUAAUGUGUUAAACAGUGUACAAUACCCGAGUCCAGGUUUGGGGUUGUUUGCGACGGGAUCAUAGAGACGUAAGGCGUGGAAUAGAAGCAGCUUCGAGAUCCCAAAAUUGAAACAUGCGCAUGCAUAAACAGAAGUGUCCAUCGUUGACGACGACAAUGUACGGAUGUAUAUUAACCUGUAUGAUCAGCUUGCAUUCCAUGACCACGCAACAAGAGCUAUACGAAGCGCUUUGGCGUUUGUACCAUGAUA